CUAAACUAAUACAACUUGUCUUGGAAAAUAAAGAGAGCAACGUAACCUGCCAUUUCUUCUUUCCUAAACAUUAAUUAAUAAUAUUAGUAAACAGUUUGACCAAAAGACUGGGUAGUGAUUUGCCAUUGCUGUCAAUUGUCAUCAAGUUGGGAAAUUUCCACUAGUUUAGUGUUAUCCUUUAGGCUGCAGACUACAAGUGGAUCAAUUGAAGACAUGCAUAAAUAGCACUACAUUAGUUUCUAAUUUUUAAAGACGCGCAGAGAAGGAGAUCAAGGAAAGUGUAAAGGUAUGGCUGCUGGAGGAUUUGUUGAUGACAAGGAAGGAAGAAGAGCUCAUCUUUAUGAGUAUAGGAUUACUGGCUAUUUUAUUUUUGCUUGUCUGGUUGCAGCAAUGGGAGGAUCUCUUUUUGGGUACGAUCUUGGUGUUUCUGGUGGGGUGACUUCCAUGGAUGAUUUCUUGAAAGAGUUCUUCCCCAAAGUGUACAGAAGGAAGCAUGCACAUCUCAAAGAAACUGAUUACUGUAAAUAUGACAAUCAGAUACUCACACUUUUUACUUCCUCUUUGUACUUUGCUGCACUUGUUUCUACAUUUGGUGCUUCUCAUGUCACCCGGAACAAAGGCCGUCGAGCCAGUAUACUUUGUGGAGCAGUCAGUUUUUUUCUUGGUGCAAUUCUUAAUGCUUUUGCAAAGAACAUUGCAAUGCUUAUAAUUGGUCGAUGUCUUCUUGGAGUUGGCAUCGGAUUUGGUAACCAGGCAGUCCCUCUGUAUCUCUCAGAAAUGGCACCUGCAAAAGUCCGAGGAGCAGUUAACCAACUCUUUCAACUCACAACUUGCUUGGGGAUAUUGAUCGCCAACUUUAUCAAUUAUGCAACUGAUAAAAUCCAUCCAUGGGGAUGGAGAUUAUCGCUUGGCUUAGCCACAGUUCCUGCUACAAUAAUGUUUAUUGGUGGGCUUUUUCUUCCUGAGACCCCAAACAGUCUCGUAGAACAGGGUAGAUUACAGGAAGCAAGAGAAGUCUUAGAGAAAGUUAGAGGUACCACAAAAGUUGAUGCAGAGUUUUCUGAUCUUAAAGAUGCAAGUGAUGCAGCGACAGCUAUAAAAGAUCCAUUCCGGAAUCUUCUCAAGAGGAAGAACCGUCCCCAAUUGGUAAUAGCAGCUUUGGGGAUACCAGCAUUCCAACAGCUCACUGGCAUGAACUCCAUUCUUUUCUACGCCCCUGUCAUAUUUCAGAGCUUAGGCUUUGGCUCAGGAGCAUCAUUGUAUUCAUCUGCUAUCACCAGUGGUGCACUUGUUCUAGCUACAUUCAUUUCAAUGUCUUUUGUUGACAAGUUUGGAAGAAGAGCUUUCUUUCUGGAAGCUGGAGUUGAAAUGAUAUGUGUCUUGGUAGCAGUUGCUGUUACUCUAGCCUUGAAGUUUGGAGAAGGUGAAGAGCUCCCAAAAGGAAUUGGCAUCUUCCUGGUAGUCGUAAUCUGCAUAUUUGUCCUCGCUUAUGGAAGGUCUUGGGGUCCCUUAGGUUGGCUGGUACCAAGUGAAUUGUUUCCCCUGGAAACAAGAUCUGCAGGACAGAGCAUGGUAGUCUCUGUCAAUAUGAUCUUCACAGCCCUCAUUGCACAAUGCUUCCUUGCGUCUCUCUGCCACCUCAAAUAUGGAAUUUUUCUUCUCUUCGCGGGCUUGAUAUUCAUCAUGAGCUGCUUCAUCUUCUUCCUCUUGCCCGAGACGAAGCAGGUUCCGAUAGAGGAAAUAUAUCUUCUUUGGCAAAAUCAUUGGUUCUGGGAAAGAUACUGCACCCGAGAAGAGAAUGAACAUGAAUUGGACGGGAAGUCCCUACCACCAAUCUAAGUGAACUCGGAUUCCAGAGAACGGAGAUAGGAUUUCUGAUUGAUUUGUUCCAUGAGUGAGUGAAGUGGACACUCUUCAAAGAAAAUGCCUUUAGAAUGAAGACUAUAUGAAGAUCUCUUCAUAUUCUUUUCAACACUCUCCAAAUAUCAUGUUUAAAGUCUUAAACACCAAAAUUAUCUUAUCACCAUGUAAUUAAGCUUAUGCAUGGAUUUACAAGUUAUCAAAUGGCAGAAAUAUUUAACGAGAA